AUGUCAACUACCACCACAACGAGUGUGAAGGUGGUUCUGGAGAAUGACGCCAGCUAUAUCCCCCGUGGCAAUGUGGAUGCUCCUAUCAAAUUCUUUAGUGAACCUGAAGACGGAUCGGUACCAUACAACCUCAUGAAGGCUCACCUGCAGAGCCAUACAACGCCCAACUACCCCUUAAACCCCCACACAAUUUCCAUAAAUGACAUUCGCGACCAUGAAUCCGAAUACUUGCUCGAACAGGACGGCUUUCAGGCAGUAUCAAAUGUCACCUCGGCCGCAGACCCAGCCUUCACCGACGAAGAAAAUAUCAAGUCCGUCUGGUAUCCCGAAGUUGAAGCAUUUGUCCGCACCCUCCUACCCGAAGCCAAACGCGUAUUUGCAUUCAACCACAUCGUCCGCCGCUCUAAGCCUGGUUUCGACAACUUUCCGUUAACCAGUGCACAUGUAGACCAAACCGCUGUGUCCACUGAGAAUGCCAUACGGAUGUUCCUCCCAAACGAAGCAGACGAGCUUAUCAAGGGUCGAUACCGGGCACUUAACGUCUGGUGUCCGAUCAACGGGCCAGUCCAGGCGACUCCAUUGGCUAUCGCUGCACCGUCAUCGGUACCAGAAAAUGACCUCGUUCGCAUUGAGCUUCGAUAUCCAAACUAUUCCAGUGAAACCCAGAUGCUCAAGUACAACCCAGCACACAAGUGGUAUUAUUGGUCUGGCAUGACGAAUGAAGAUAGAUUGACAUUCAUGAUUAUGGAUAAUAAGGAAGAUGCAGUAACGAAGAGAGCGCCUCAUUCGGCAUUUGUUGACCCUCGGACUCCGCGUGGAGCAAGGGAGCGUGAUAGUAUUGAGACGAGGGUGUUCGUAUUUGGAUAG